GCGGGGGCGAGGCAGAUGGGACUCAAGGCUCGCAGGGCGGCGGGGGCGGCUGGCGGCGGCGGCGACGGGGGCGGCGGAGGCGGCGGGGCCGCUAACCCCACUGGAGGGGACACGGCGGCGGCGGCCGGCGACGAGGAACGGAAAGUGGGGCUGGCGCCGGGCGACGCGGAGCAAGUCACCUUGGCGCUGGGGGCCGGGGCCGACAAAGACGGGACCCUACUGCUGGAGGGCGGCGGCCGCGACGAGGGGCUGCGGAGGACCCAGCAGGGCAUCGGGCUCCUGGCCAAGAGCCCGCUGAGCCGCCCGGUCAAGAGGAACAACGCCAAGUGCCGGCGCAUCCAAACUUUGAUCUACGACGCCCUGGAGAGACCGCGGGGCUGGGCGCUGCUUUACCACGCGCUUGUGUUCCUGAUUGUUCUGGGCUGCUUGAUCCUGGCUGUGCUGACCACCUUCAAGGAAUACGAAGCUGUCUCUGGCGACUGGCUUCUAUUGCUGGAAACAUUUGCUAUUUUCGUCUUCGGAGCUGAGUUUGCUUUGAGGAUCUGGGCUGCCGGAUGUUGCUGCCGAUACAAAGGCUGGCGGGGACGACUGAAGUUUGCCAGGAAGCCCUUGUGCAUGUUGGACAUCUUUGUGCUGAUUGCUUCUGUGCCGGUGGUUGCAGUGGGAAACCAGGGCAAUGUCUUGGCCACGUCCCUGCGAAGCUUGCGUUUCCUGCAGAUCCUGCGCAUGCUGCGGAUGGACCGGAGGGGCGGCACCUGGAAGCUCCUGGGCUCAGCCAUCUGCGCACACAGUAAAGAACUCAUCACUGCCUGGUACAUCGGCUUCCUAACACUCAUCCUUUCUUCGUUUCUUGUCUACCUGGUGGAGAAGGAUGUGCCCGAAGUGGAUGCCCAGGGAAAGGAGAUGAAAGAGGAGUUUGAGACCUAUGCUGAUGCCCUGUGGUGGGGGCUGAUCACGCUGGCCACCAUUGGCUAUGGAGACAAGACUCCAAAGACGUGGGAAGGCCGUCUGAUUGCUGCCACCUUCUCCUUAAUUGGCGUCUCCUUUUUUGCCCUUCCAGCAGGCAUCCUGGGCUCAGGGCUGGCUCUCAAGGUACAGGAGCAGCAUCGUCAGAAACACUUUGAGAAAAGGAGGAAGCCAGCAGCUGAGCUCAUCCAGGCUGCAUGGAGAUAUUAUGCUACCAACCCCAACAGGAUGGACCUGGUGGCUACAUGGAGGUUCUAUGAAUCCGUUGUCUCUUUCCCAUUCUUCAGGAAAGAACAGCUGGAAGCAGCAGCCAGCCAAAAGCUGGGUCUCUUGGAUCGGGUUCGCCUUUCUAAUCCUCGUGGUAGCAAUACUAAAGGAAAGCUAUUUACCCCUCUGAAUGUAGAUGCCAUAGAAGAAAGCCCUUCUAAAGAACCAAAGCCCGUGGGCUUAAACAAUAAAGAGCGCUUCCGCACCGCCUUUCGCAUGAAAGCCUACGCUUUCUGGCAGAGCUCCGAAGAUGCAGGGACUGGUGAUCCCAUGGCAGAAGAUAGAGGCUACGGGAAUGAGUUCCUCGUGGAAGACAUGAUCCCCACCUUGAAAGCUGCCAUCCGAGCUGUCAGAAUUCUACAGUUCCGUCUCUAUAAAAAAAAAUUCAAGGAGACACUGAGGCCUUAUGAUGUGAAGGAUGUGAUUGAGCAGUAUUCUGCCGGGCAUCUGGACAUGCUUUCCAGGAUAAAGUACCUGCAGACAAGAAUUGAUAUGAUUUUCACUCCUGGACCACCAUCCACUCCAAAACAUAAGAAGUCCCAGAAAGGACCAGCCUUCACCUACCCAUCCCAGCAGUCACCCAGGAAUGAACCAUAUGUAGCCAGAGCAUCCACAUCAGAAGUUGAAGACCAAAGCAUGAUGGGGAAGUUCGUGAAAGUUGAAAGACAGGUUCAUGAUAUGGGGAAGAAGCUGGAUUUCCUUGUAGAUAUGCACAUGCAGCACAUGGAACGGCUGCAGGUGCAUGUCACAGAGUAUUACCCAACCAAGGGGACCUCCUCACCAGCCGAGGUGCAAAAGGAGGACAACAGAUAUUCUGACUUGAAAACCAUCAUCUGCAACUAUUCUGAGACAGGCCCUGCGGAGUCUCCCUACAGCUUUCAUCAGGUGCCCAUUGACAAAGUUGGCCCCUAUGGAUUUUUUGCACAUGAUCCGGUGAACCUAUCCCAAGAGGGACCCAGUUCAGGCAAGGUUCCAACCACCCUUCCUUCCUCAGCAACCUCACGUGUAGAAAGGCCCACUGUCCUUCCUAUCUUGACUCUUCUUGACUCCCGAGUGAGCUACCAUUCCCAGGCUGAACUGCAUGGACCCUAUUCGGACCAUAUCUCCCCCCGGCAAAGGCGUAGCAUCACACGGGACAGUGACACUCCUCUGUCGCUGAUGUCAGUCAACCACGAGGAGCUGGAGCGUUCCCCCAGCGGCUUCAGCAUCUCUCAAGACAGAGACGAAUAUGCAUUUGGUGCCGGUGGGGGGUCGAGCUGGAUGAGGGAGAAGAGAUACCUCGCUGAAGGUGAGACGGACACAGACACAGACCCCUUCACGCCCAGUGGCUCCAUGCCUCUGUCAUCCACAGGGGACCGGAUUUCCGACUCGAUAUGGACCCCUUCCAACAAGCCCUCUUGAAAGGGGUCACUGGCUGACUCCUCCUGUCACGUAGACACACUGUAUAGUUCACUCUCACCCUGUGCUUCCCUAUGGGGACACCAGUGGCUGCAUCAGAUGCAUGCAUAUGCGUGGUGGCCCCACCAGGCAGGGGCUUCUCAUGGCCUUCACAUGGCCACCUUCCUCCCCAUGUCACCACAAUGAAGCUGCUUCCUUUCCAGCAUGGUUUGCAUGACUUGACACUAUAUAAUGGUACCGCUAAUCUCUUCUAGGAUA